AUGUCUUCCUCCAACACACAACCCACCUCCAGCACCGACCCUGCGCUGCGCCCGUUCCACGAACAGCUCUUCAACGCGGGCCUCAACGUCCGACGCGCCGUGGUUGGCGACGCGUACGUCGACCGCGCACUUGCCAACGGCUCUUCCGAGUUCUCCCGUGUGGGCCAGGAGCUGGUGACCGAGUUCUGCUGGGGAUACGCGUGGACUCGCCCGGGCCUGUCACGCCGGGACCGCAGCCUGCUCAACAUCGGCAUGCUGAUGGCGUUGAACCGCGCGCCGGAGUUGGCCGUGCACGUCCGUGGGGCGAGAAACAAUGGUCUUAGCGAGGAGGAGAUCCGUGAGGCUAUUAUCCAUGCCACUACCUACUGCGGUGUGCCCGCGGGUGUGGACGCGUUCAAGACUGCCGAAAAGGUGCUGAAUGAGAUGGCCGAGAAGGGCGAGAUGCCGAGGCAGUUGGGUGAGAAGAGCAAGGAUGCGUGA